CUCAACUCGCCCUCCCUUGUUCACUCUACACUCUUUUCAAACCCCGCCUUCAUAAUACAAUCCCGACCUAUGCUACAUCCUCUGAGAAUAGCUCGAAACUGGCCGAGUGCUGUCAGAUCUUUGAGAUAGUCAGUAGUGUGAGAGUAAUCUGUCUUGGGUCCUUUAACUCGCGCGGAAAGAAGCGUCAGACCAUCAUCAUCCACGCUCUCAACUUCCUGUUCAAUCUUGUCCAUCAACAUGGUACUACCAGUUCAGCUACAAUACGAUUCCCCCUUCCCAUUAUACGGCCUCAGCUUCUCCAACUCUGACGCUCAUCGCUUGCGAAUAGCUACCACUUCGUAUAUGGCCGGUCCGACUAACAAAAUUCAAGUCUUCGAUAUCGAUUUCAAUUCUUCGUCACCAUACUCCGCAUCAAACAACUUUACUCCGUUGGCUCAAGCCAAUUUACAGUUCCCAGCUACAAAGGUCGCUUGGCAGCCCUCGGACAGGGGUUUGGGCAAUGACGAAGAGAGGGAGUUAUUAGCCACGACUGGAGAUGUUCUCAGGAUAUGGGAGAUUGAUAGGGAUUAUGAAGAUGAAUACGGUGGAAAUGGUUGGGGAGGAGGAACGACGGGUUACUCCUUGACACCUCGAAGUGUUCUCACAAACAGCAAAUCCCCUGCUACGAACCUACCCCCCAUCACGAGUCUCAGUUGGAACACCAUAUCACCCGGAAACAUCGUAACUUGUUCUAUAGAUACCACAGCGACAUUAUGGGAUAUAAAUACAAGUCAAGCAUUGACUCAACUCAUUGCUCAUGAUCGGGCGGUCUAUGAUUUAUCAUGGCUACCACAAUCAGCGGACAUUUUCGUGUCUGUAGGCGCGGACGGUUCUCUACGAGCAUUCGAUCUACGGACCCUUGAACAUUCAACUAUUUUGUACGAAUCACCCAACGAAGCUCCAUUGGCUAGAAUCGCAUUCAGCAACAAAGAACAACAUAUGCUCGCUUGCUUUGGCGUUGAUGACUCCAAAGUCCUCAUAUUAGACAUGCGCAGUCCAGGGCAACCGGUAGCUGAGCUUAUUGGACAUUCCGGCGCUUUAUCAGGCAUAGCUUGGGGUGCUGGUGGACCUAAUUCUCCUUCUGGUGGAGGAUGGAUAGCGUCCUGUGGCGACGACUGUCAACUUUUACUCUGGGACCUCACCUCCCCAAUCCCCGAACGUCCCAAACCCACACCUAAAAACCCUAACGGCAAUGGUCAACCUAACGGUGUUCGAUCCCCAUCUGCCAGUCCUCUCCCAAACGCCUAUGGUCUAUCACCUGUCCCAAGUCAAGAAUUAGGAACGGGAAGUAAGAGUCCUUCACCCGGAGCGGCACUUGAUUUAUCUCCGGCGAGAGCUUGGAACGCAGAUAUGGAGAUUAAUAAUCUCGCUUUUGAUAGAGAAGGUGAAUGGGUGGGAUGUGUGAGUGGACAGAGGUUGAAUGUUUUGAAGGUGUGAGGGACAUCACCCUUUGCGUCUUAUUGCAUGAGGUUCGUCUUAUUGCAUGGGGGUACAUUGAUAUUGGUGAUACUGCUGCAAGACGAUAUGUUCACAUGGAAGAGUUUGGAGAUCAGGGGAAGAUUUCAUUUCUUUAGGUAGACGAUACUAGGCGUGGAUGGUGUUUCUAGGACAAGAGAAGGCGUGUGAAGGAGGGCCGAUCAUGAUGGGUAGAAAUGAAAGGGGUUGAAGGAAAGCAGGGUCGUACGAAAGAUACUGAGCGAGUGAUCAGAUGAGACAUCUCAAAUGAUCAGGUUGUAGAUGAAGAUCACGAAGACGGGCGUGAAUGGGAUAAAGAUUUGAACAAAGAUGAAAUAAAACGAACGACC